AUGCAGCAUAUCACGUACAGUCAUUGGCUACCUCUGAUCCUGGGAACAGAUACUGAUGAACUGUUACAGCCAUAUCAAGGAUACGAUCCAACAAUAGAUGCUAGUAUAGCUAAUGUCUUUGCCACUGCUGCACUCCGCUUUGGACACUCACUGAUUCAACCACGAUUAGAGCGACUAGACGAGUCCUUCCAAUCUAUACCCGAGGGUCCAUUGCAUCUGCGCGACGCAUUCUUCUCGCCGUGGCGUCUGGUCGAUGAAGGCGGCGUUGAUCCUCUUAUACGAGGAAUGUUCGCCACUGCUGCAAAACUCAAGCUACCUGAACAGAAUCUCAAUGUCGAGCUGACCGAGCAGCUCUUCCGCACGGCUCACGCCGUUGCCCUCGAUCUGGCCGCCAUGAACGUGCAGCGUUCCCGUGAUCAUGCUAUUCCAGGAUACCUGUCCUGGCGUCAGUAUUGCAACAUGUCCCACGUGGAAACCUUCGAGGAUCUCGCUAAUGAGAUCAGUGACAGAAAAGUGCGUCAGAAGUUGAGAGAACUCUAUGGACAUCCUGGUAACAUUGAUGUAUGGGUAGGUGGUAUUCUGGAGGAUCAGUUACCCAAUGCCAAAGUCGGUCCAUUGUUUCGGUGUCUUCUGGUAGAACAAUUCAAGAGGAUGAGGGAUGGCGACAGAUUUUGGUACGAGAAUCCAUCCUCGUUUCCUCCUGAACAAUUGGCCCAGAUCAAGCAAGUCACCCUGGCGAGGAUACUCUGCGACAAUGGUGACAAUGUUUCUCGUAUUCAACCUGAUGUUUUCCUCCUGCCUAACGACAAUAAUCCUUUGGGUGCUUGCAAUGGUAUCCCUACAGUGGAUCUACGGAUAUGGUCUGAUUGCUGUGAGAAUUGCGAGAAUCGCGGUAAUACUGUGUCACGAUUUAAACGUCAUAGUGCUGCAAAAUAUUCAGCUACGAAUAACUUGCAGCAGAAUGAUAUUCUCGACGAGAGUAACGAUUGCAAUGAUCUGAAAUGCUUUAAACAAUUGUUAAUUGAAUCUGAUAUGAAGACGAAGAAGUUAACGGAACAAGUUGGCGAAAUUUCGCGCCGGUUAGAGGAACUGAUGUUACGGUUGGAGGAAGUUCAGAAGUCUAAAUGAAUUUCUGUGGCCGGGCACCAUUUUUUUUAAAUGACCUCAUUGCGUUAUCGUUCACCAUUCAUGUAUUUUGCUUAUAUCGUUGUUAUCAAUCGUACGCGCAAUUAUUGUAUAUAUAUAUGCUUCGUUAUUUCAACGGUAUGUUCUUUCGUUUUAUAAACAUCUCCCAUGUUUAUGAUGGACAUUAUACUCCGGGAAUCCAUUGGCGAAUGUUAAGGCUAAACAAGUCUAUUUAGUAAAAUGAGUAAAAAUAUUAUGAGUAACGUUUAUGGACCAUCCAUUUGUUAAUGUCCCCAUUGAGGUACUUUACAUGGAAGUAUCUUGA